UCUGUGAAUGAUCACAGAGGGUCACAUGGUACAAGGCUAUUCACAAAAGCCUUGUACCAUGUGACAAGCUGUGACCAAUCACAGCUCACUCUGUAUUUCUCAAUGAGUGCAGGAAUGCACACAGAGAGAAAGAGAAAUGAUUGCUUUUACAUCCUAUAUGGGUGUAAAAGCAAUCAGUGUAAAAAAAAAAAAAUAAAUCUUUAUCACCCCUUACAAGUAGUACAGUGUCACCAUGGUGACACUGUACUGCUAGGUGUGCAUGAGGACUAAGGCUGGCCAUACAUUAUACAAUUAUUUUCCAAUAUUCUGCCCAAUUUCCUUUAGAUUUACCUUCAACUAUGUAGUGCAAGGGCCUUCCUAA